GAACCAAAUACAGCUGCACAUGAGAAUAAAUCUUUCUUUUCAUUAGCUUACGUUUCUUUCUACAUGAUCUUUUUAUUUUGUGGUUUUUUGUUGUCAUUAAUGAUUUUCGUCAGACAUUUGUACAACAACACUGUUAAGGGACUGGAUUUUGUUUUUGGCCUGUCAUGGCAAUUUGCUAAUAUGAUAUCUGUACCAUUAUUUGGUAUGAUUGUAAAGUUCUCAGCGUGGUUAAUUGCAAGUGUGUGGACUUAACAUGUGUUUAGAUCAUAUUUAAACCUCCCUCCUUAGCUCCUAUGGUGGAAAGGAUUAACACCUCUUGAUGUCCUAAAUCUAUUUGUCAUUGGAUAUUUAUAAUUUCCAUUGGUUAGUCACUGGUACUAGACUACGGUGAUAAGAUGGAAUUGCUUACAUCGUAUUGCAAUAGCGUGAAUGGAUUGAUAAAUCUUCCCAGUUUUAUCAUGUCUCUAGAAGGACCUUUAGAAUUUAAAUGUGAGGCAUUAUUCCUUAACGAGGCAACUCUGUGGCUCUGAAAGUCAGAGUAUCCCUUUUAGAGUAGCGUGAAUGGUCAGAAAAACAAUAUUCUGCUAAUGUUCUUCAUCGUUUGGGAGCAUGUGUUCGUGCUCUUUAAUAAAUAAGGUUCUGAUAGUUAGAGUAUUCUUUUUGUUGAAAGUAAGGUGUGGAGUGCAUAAGGUACCAGAGAAAACAUACUGUUGGUUAUUUUUGGAUUGAUCAAUCCAUAAGCAGUGUGUGUAGUGGGCAUUGCUUAUUGUAGUGCAUAUGAAGUGGAAAGUGGUGAUUUAGGUGUAGUUCAAAAUCUGGACAAAUUGGAACUAUGUAGCUAGUAGACCAAUAUGCUUUAUGGUAAUUGAACAUCGAACUGCAAGUAUAUAGAAUGAGCAUAUCUAUAAUCAUGUUGCUGAAGGAAUGACCAGCCAGUGAAGAUCAUCAGACUGAAUAAGAAAUUUAAUAUGCCUUCUCGAGAAGGUGGAGGUAAUGAGAGAAAGUUGUUAGAGAUGGUUCGGCAAUGUACAAUGGAGGCAAAUGACUGAACGUCCAAAUCCACAAAAAGAAGCGCAGUUUUGUAGCUUAAGGAGCUGCAAAAGGAGGACUAAUGGAAUGUUGUCAAGGCAGGGAGAAGUUCUGAUGGCUUUUUGAUCUGUAGUGAGUAUAUGGGCCAAAAAGAGUUGCAUGCUUCAAUUGGAUGUGAACCCCCAAAAGAAAAUCAAAGAGAGGGGAGAGAGAUGAAAGAAGAGGGAGUCAUGAAUGUAUGGCAGAGUAAGGGAAAGGAAGAGAGGAGAGAUCCGAACUCAUUUCAAACUUUACGAUCACGCCAAUUAUGUCUUGGACACUUCCUAGAGAAAGAUUGGAAGAAGCCUCAGAACACACCAGCCUUUCACAUCACACCAAGGCUUCUGGACUAAAUCUAAGUCAACUAACACUUCACACACAAGAGGAAAAUCACAAGAACUUUAAUUUCUUUCAUUUUCACUCCAGUCUAUGCAUUUACUAAAUGCCUUCUUCAACUCUUUUCUGGAAUCAGGGAAAAGUACACUGGCAUGCUCACUAAGUAGAGAACUGCACUCCAAGGGAAAGCUGUCAUACAUCCUUGAUGGAGACAACCUUCGGCAUGGUCUGAACAAGGAUCUUGGUUUCAAAGCAGAAGACAGGGCUGAAAAUAUACGCAGAGUUGGGGAGGUAGCAAAACUGUUCUCGGAUGCUGGAUUGAUCUGUAUUGCUAGUCUGAUAUCUCCUUAUAGGAAAGAUCGUGAUGCUUGCCGUGCAAUGUUACCAGAUGCAAGUUUUAUUGAGGUUUUCAUGAACAUGCCCCUAGAACUAUGUGAGUCAAGAGAUGCAAAAGGCCUUUACAAGCUUGCACGUGCUGGAAAGAUUAAAGGUUUUACCGGAAUAGAUGAUCCAUAUGAACGACCAUUGAACUGUGAGAUAGAAAUAGAACAGAAAGACGGAGUUUGCCCCAAGCCUGCUGCCUUGGCAGGCCAAGUAGUGUCCUACUUAGAGGAGAAAGGAUUUCUUCAAGUUGAGUGAUUUACCUUUCUUCACUUAGCCCUGGAUCUCUGUCAAUCCGAUUAGUUGGAUCAACCCUGCUCUAAGACCACCUGGCAAUCGUUUGGUGGGUUAGUAGGUAGUAAUUGCGAGUACAUAUUUUUGGUUAAUAUCUUUUGUUUACAGGUAUAAUAGGGUGAGAAAUUGGGAGUUCCACUGUUUCGAAUUAGCAGAACAUUAUGUGGCUAGUUCUUAUAAUUUGUUCUUCUUUAAAGAGAAAAUUGUUCAGUUUCAAAUCAUUAAAAAGGAGCAAGUAGUUCCUGCUGUGGUUUAGAUACUUUUCAUAAUCCCAGUGUGAGCCUGGUUAACCUUCAAAA